AUGUGGGCAUUUGCGGCGUUUGGUGUGGUUUCCUACGGUCUACUGUUCCAAAGCGUAUCAUCACAAGCGACCAUAUCUUACACCACCCAAUACAACGCUCCUUGCGACGAGCGUCUGACCGGUGACAAUGGUACGUUCACCAGCCCAAACUACCCAAACAACUACCCUAACGGCAAGGACUGCCGGUACGGGAUCUCUGUCACUCCGCCCAAAGUCGCCAGGCUGACCUUCACGGAUUUUAGCCUUGAGCCUGGGUAUGACUUCCUGUGGGUGUAUGAUGGAAACACAACUGAUGAAGCAUACGAAAUAGGAAAGUUUGAUGGACCAAACACCCCGGGGCCUGUGACGUCAGCAAGCAGCUCUAUGACCGUUCGAUUUAAGUCCGACGAAUCAGUAACCAGGAAAGGAUUUCAGGCCAACUACGCAGCCGUAGAUAAAGUGUUCUCUACAUGUGACAUCGGCGAGUACCUAUGUGCUGACGGUGUGACCUGCAUAAAAGCUUGGAAAAGGUGUGACGGAAACAGAGACUGCCGAGGCGGCGAUGAUGAGGAUGCAAACAAGUGUGCAAAGAUCUUUCCUUGA